UUUUGGCGGGAACGCGAGAAGUGAAGUUGUGUGAUUUGUUUAUGUUUUCUAUUUGGUGUUUCUUCAGGUUUAAAUGUGUAAUAACGUUGGUUUAUUAACUAUUUAUUAUCUUAGAAAGUGCACAAAUGUGGGAAAAUGAAAGAAAGUUGCUAGACGUAGCUUCUCGGGACCUCCGAAAAGUCCACUGAAAAAAUUUCAGUAAAUGACCACUAUUUUACUGAGAUUAUAUUUCAUCCCAUAUCAUCUCAUCUCAUCUCAUGUCAUUUCAUUUCAUUUCAUCCCAAUUGAUUAAUGUCUCAAAUUAUUGAUCUUCGUUUCAUUUCACUCCAUAUUAUCAUUUUUCAUAAAAAUAAGAAUCUAAAUAAAUUAAAUUAAGAAAUAAGACAUGAUUUAAAGGUCUUAGUUACCAGGUCAUAAAAUCCAUAAGAAAAAGAAGUCUGCGGUGGCAGUGACCAUAAACUACAAUUUACCACUGAAGUAGGAAACCUCAAUUUACGUAAAAAUGUUGAAUUUCAUGAUAGAUAGACAUUUAUUUACAAAUUUAAAAAUUAUGCCACUAAGCAACAUGAAUAUUUAAAACAUAUCUGCCUAGAAAUACAUUAACAGUGAGUUAAGUGAAUUACAUAAAAAAAGGUAUAAUAAUAGGUAUUUUAUGUCCAAAAAUAAAUAAAUUUUCUGUUUUUGAUUAAAUCCUGAAGAAAACGAAAAAUUAAAUAAAGUGAUAUAUGCAUAUGGUUUUUAACCAUUAAAAAAGAAACAAACAUAAGUGAUGUGUAAUGGAAACGUCAUCAGAUAAAAUGAAUUCUGUGAAGGAAACCUUCAUAAGGAUAGAUGAUGAGAACAGCAGAACAUCAAAAACAGAAAUCAAUAUAUUAUGCUUUGACAUAACAAAUUACAGUCAAUUAACUCAGUUCCUGUGUUGUUCGAUAUUCGUUUUUAUAUUCUAUUUAGCUUAUGGAUACUUCUUAGAAUUAAUAUUUGCAAAACCGGAAGUGAAGCCAGUCAGUUUGUAUAUAACCUUAGUGCAAUUUAUGAUUACUAUGUUGUUGAGUUAUGGAGAAUCAUGGAUAAGAAAUCCUAUCAAAAGGAAAGUUCCACUAAAAACGUAUGCAGUUUUAGCUGCAUUGACAUUAGGAACAAUGUCAUUUUCGAAUUUAGCUUUAAGUUAUUUGAACUAUCCAACUCAAUUGAUAUUCAAGAGCUGUAAACUUAUACCAGUUAUGAUUGGUAGUAUUAUCAUAAUGAGAAAACGUUAUUCGUUUUUGGAUUAUGUAGCGGCAAUUGUUAUGUGUGUAGGACUGACUAUGUUUACUCUGGCUGACUCCAGCACAUCACCGAAUUUCGAUUUGAUUGGCGUUCUAGUUAUAUCCUUAGCAUUACUAUGCGACGCAAUAAUCGGAAACGUACAAGAGAAAGCAAUGAAACAGUACCAAGCUUCAAAUAACGAAGUUGUUUUCUAUUCAUAUGCGAUUGCAUGUGUUUACCUUGUCUGUAUUACUGGAUUCAGUGGUAUACUAGUUGACGGAUUUGCUUAUUGUGCUGAGACACCAGUUGAAAUGUACCGGAACAUAUUUCUUCUAAGUCUGAGCGGCUAUAUGGGUCUGCAAGCGGUGUUGACGCUGGUGAGGAUAUGCGGUGCGACGGUCGCCGUUACCGUCACCACGAUGAGGAAAGCUCUCUCGAUAAUCAUAUCGUUCUUGUUGUUCAGCAAGCCUUUUGUCUUCCAGUACGUUUGGUCGGGAUCUUUGGUGGUUUUAGCCAUUUACAUAAAUCACUACAGUAAAAAGCAUCCCCACUACGUACCGGCCUCACUGUCUAGUUGCUGGCAACAAAUAAGGAACUAUUACGAUUCAGAAUACAGAUAUCUUAAGAUGAAAACUAAAAUGUACACCGAUACGGUGUAAAAAUGUAUUUAUUUUUUUAUUCAAAAAUAUAAUUUAUCUGUGCGAAGGCGUACUGAUGACGUCACACAGUUUUACAACAAUAAAAGUUAUCUAUUCUCUAAA